AUGUCAACCAUCAGCAAAAUAAUCAAAGAAACGUGUUCUGUUAUUUGGAGCGUAUUAAGUGCAGAAUAUUUAAAGUUGCCCAAUACCGAAGAAGAAUGGAAAGCGAUCGCUGAAGCUUUUAAAACGAAAGCAAAUUUUCCUCAUUGCCUCGGUGCGCUGGACGGCAAGCACAUAAGGAUUACAAAGCCAAUAAAUAGUGGUUCUAUGUUUUUUAACUAUAAGGAUUAUUUUUCUUUUAUUUUAUUUGCAAUUGUUGAUUCAGAAUACCGUUUCAUUUACGUUAGUAUUGGUUCAUACGGAAAAGAGUGUGAUUCAUCUAUCCUAAAACAAUCCAAUUUUUGGAAGAAACUAAAUGAUGGUACUUUAAAUAUACCAAGAACCACGCCAUUACACGAAAAUAUGCAAGAAGAAAUACCAUAUGUAUUUGUUGGAGACGAAGCCUUUACAUUGUCACAAAAUUUAUUGCGACCUUAUGGCGGUACUCAUUUAGACAAUAAGAAAAAGAUAUUUAAUUACCGUCUAAGCCGCGCGAGAAGAUAUGUUGAAUACACUUUUGGUAUCUUAUCCAAUAAAUGGAGGAUCUUGCAUAGACCAUUGGAUGUAUGUGCAGAAACAGCUAUUGAAGUUGUAAAGGCUUGUACGGUAUUACAUAAUUUUUUAAUAAAAAAAGACGCUAUAUACUUGGAGAAUACCCCAACCGUUAUGCCCCUGGUAAACAUGCCUGCAACACAGCUGCGUUCAAACGAAGGUGGUGGAAACGCAGUGCGCUUACAAUUUUCCGACUAUUUUGUAUCUGAAAUAGGCUCCGUACCUUGGCAAAACAUUACAGCACAUGUAUCAUAA